AUGGAGGAUCCCAAAUUUAAUGAGUCGCUCAAAGUGGAGACUAGAUCAUUUGUGACCAGUUCACACGAAGGGCUCACUCACCUCAUCACAUGCCAUAAAUUAAAUGGCCAAAACUAUAUCCAAUGGAUAAGGUUAGUCAAGAUCUUCCUCGAAGGAAAAGGAAGGGAAGGCUACACCACAGGAGGUUCUAAAUGUCUCGAAAAAGGAGACAAAAACUUUCAAAAAUGGAAACUUGAGAACAGCCAAGUAAUGUCAUGGCUGCUCAAUACCAUGACAAAUGAAAUUGGUGAAAAUUUCAUGUUCUAUGACACUGCAAAAGAGAUAUGGGAUGCAGUGAAGGAAACAUACUCAAAUGUUGACAAUACAUUUGUCGUAUUUGAGAUUAAAAACAUUCUUCAUGACCUUCGAUAG